AUGACGGCUAUAAAUACUUCAAGUCGACUGACACUUGAACUCGCCCCUUCCUCGUUAACAUCUCCAAUGAAGAUGCUCCUACUAUUGGUCUCGCUAUUCGUAUCUUUGGCUACCUCUCAAUACACCAAUGGACAGUACGGUCCGCAGGUGUCUGGCAACGAACCUGGUUAUUUACCCGAUUAUCAAGGCGAUCAGUACACGAACAAGCAACGGAUAGAGGAGACUCAAGCACUGAAUAAGCCGUUCUUCGACACGAUCGGCGGGCCACCUCCUGCUCCUGCACCGACACCAGCUCUAUCUGGAUCAGCCUCUUCGGGUGCGGCUUAUCCAUAUCAGUCUUCCUCGAAUACCAUGUCAGACACUGCUUAUCAAUACCAGCCAUCAUCGAGUAGUUUGUCAGACUACACUUAUCCAUACCAAUCAUCCUCAAAUGGCAUGUCAGGCUCCACAUAUCCGCUCUAUUCACCAACGAAUGGCAUGUCCGACUCCACCUACCAAUACCAGUCGCCCUCAAACAAUAUGUACGCCAAUGUUAACCCCUACCCUUCCAAUGAAUACCAAUAUAGCCAACCUAAUCAAGGAGUUGGCAACACUUUCGGAGCCUAUCCACCUCAAUCUUCCAACGUACUGCAGACUGCUUUAGGCAUCUGUUGUUUUCGUUAA